AUGGCGGUGACUAUCAGGCCAGAUCAGCAGGACGCCCUUUUACGCGUCGCUACAUAUCAUCGCCGAGACUUUGAUCUCAGCGUCAUCUGUUCAGAAUCACAAAAGCUUUUUGCGGUUCAACCCUUCAUCUCUGAGCCGUUUUCGACCACCGCAAGUGCAUCCCUCGGGGUGUUCAGGCACCUCCCAAAUGAAGUCCUCGUGGAGAUGUGCUCCCAUCUAGAUCUCCGAUCCGUCUUCAAGCUCCGCCAAGUCAACCGGCUGGCCCGUGAAAUUGUAUCAGCAUCGCCGGCAUAUCGGGACCUUUCAAAACACUGCUUACAGGCCUUGCGUGGAGCCCUACGAACGGGGAUGGCCCGCUGGUUGCCGGUGGCCGAGCUCCAUCGCCUGCUCUACACGUCCGAGUGCGGUCGGUGCGGCGACUAUGGGCCGCUCCUGUUCCUGCCGCUGAUCGAGAGGUGCUGUUUUCGCUGUCUGCUAUUGGACUGGGAGUAUCGUCUUAUCUUUCUCGAUGAACUAUCCGAAGCAACCAAUGUUUCCGAAAGCCGACUGCGCGAACUAGUGCCAGUCCUCCGUACCCUUACGGGCAGCUAUUUCCUGUUGUGGGGUGAGCAGACGGAGAGGCAUGAGUUGGUUCCUUACAGAACUAUCCUGGAAUGUUCACCACCUCUUGAUAUCCAGGACCUCCCAGACUUCAUCCCGGAACCCGAGGAUGAAGAUGCCAUCCUUCGCUGUACGGCAGCAACACCUUUUCCGUACUUGGACAAACCCGGCUCCGAUAUCGAUCACGGUGUGAGCUGCACAGGUUGCGCGCUCGCACAGCUGGAUAACCGCGAGCUACCCAAAAGGAAUCAGUCUAGCAACCCCAGGGAGAUGGCAUAUUCAAGAGAGGGGUUCUUGGUUCAUUUUCAGUCGUGUGAAGAAGCCCAGAAAAUUUGGCAAGAAAGCCAUGAGGGAACUGCUCCUGUAAAGGAUCCCGGUCUUCUUGACUACAUAUGCACAAACUACUCGCCCGAUCACUAUAAAUGA